GGGCUUAUUGGUGAAUUUUGAGGCAUUUAGAGCGGGUUAGAUUUCAGGAAGCUCCUCCUCCUCCUCCUGGUGCUGCUCCGUGGCACCGACAACCUCACACUCCGUGGUGCUUUUGUUGUGAAUACAUCACCGCGCUGCACGUAGCCAAUAACCAGAAGGUUACGAGGAGGUUGUUUCGACUCAGCCUGCAGUAGGAUUCAUUCAUUCCCGGAGAGCGAAUCGUGUCGUCCCGGAGAAGAAAACAAGCGAGCGCUUUUGCAGACUGAUCGCUUUGCACGGGCCUUUUGUUUUCUGCGUUUCUGCUCCAUCAGGGACGGGAAAUAAAGAGCCAAAUCUAUACGGAGAUCCAUGACACACGCUUUGGAGAGGAUAUCGCUUCAGUAUCACGCCAAUCCAAAGACAAACCAGCCAUCAACAUCUGUGCACAGGUUCUGCAGGGGUUCGGCCAUGGAUGCCGGGAGGCUCGAGCAGCAGGUGGCCAGUGUGGAGAGAGGCAUCACCUUCCUGAAGCAGGAGCACCUGGCCAUGCUGACUGGCCUGCAGCUGGAGAUCACACACCUGAAGAGGCGCUGUCACGGUCAGUGUACAGAGCUGAGCUGUGAGCUGGACUCCAGGUUUCCCGACAGAAACACAGCAGAGGAGGAGGCAGAGCUGGCGGCACGUUGUGAUGCUGCAGAGCGACUUCUACAGGACCAGCACUGCAUGAUGGUCGCUGCACGGGGGGAACUGCGGGCCAGCCGGGCACGGGCAUCGGCACUCGGGAGGAGCCUCAGAGAAGAAGAGCGACGUUUCUUAGAGGAGCUGAAACGUCGAAGCCACAAGAUCACACUGCUGAGUCGUGAGCUUCAGCGGCAAAAUGUCACGACCACGACCCUCUGUCACGAGCUGCACACUGCGCGGUUAAAACUGUUCCAGCAGCAGCAGAGCAGUGGGUCUGCUCCUGAGGGAGAGGAGGAGGCCAGAGGAAAGGAGCAGGAGGAGGAGGAAGAGGAAGAAGAGGAGGAUGAAGAUGAUGAAGAUGGUGAAGGGGAGAGCUCAGACUGGCUACUGUCUCCACCUCCUCCUGUCUCUCCCAGCCAAUCAGAGGCAAGGCAGAGGAUGCGCAUCAGCGUAAGAGAGGAGAGGGUCAGGGCUUGCGUCCCACAGGAGAGAGUGACAUCACCACAGCAGCCACACCCCAUGCCUGACCCCGCCCUCUUCCUGGUGCCACUUAGGUACCGCCUCCUCCGCAUGCACCAGCCAGUCAGAUCACAGGAUGGAGAAGGGCUGGAGGACGAAUGGGAGGAUAUUGAUGACAGCAGGGUGCCCAGGAGGGUGGACAUGGGAGCAGGGGAGGGAGAAACUGCUCUGUGAUGAAGACAGGGAGGUGGCGUUGUCUUCCAACAGGUCUCAGCUAACGUCUUGAUGCAGUUAUACUAGAAAAAGAUCCAGAUGAGAGCGAUGUAACCUUGUGAUUGUGUGUAGAUUUUGGGAGGUUAGAGUUAAGUUGUGCAGGAGUGCGUGAUCCAACCUACACGUAGAUGUUAUUAGGUGAAUUUGUUACAUUGAUGGUGCAGCUUAUAGUCUGAAAGUGUGAAGAAAUAGGGCAAAAAAAGCAACGAAGAUUAAUGGCUUCAUAUGGAUGCCUUUUGAUUUAAACACUGUUGAUCACAGCUUUUUUCCUAUAAUUAGUAGCCUUGCCUCUGGGUUCAUGAACGCUGACAUCGUGCCGAUAAAGUGGCUGUCUGCUUUCUCACUGCACAAGCUGUACUGCAGGUUUGGAGAGUCACUCUGAAAGGCUUAGGGACAUUUUGUAAUCAUUCGCACUUUAUUAAAUCCAUGCAAUGUGCCUGUUAAUGGCCGAAAAUUAUGUGGUCAUGUUUUUUGUUCUAUAGUUGACUUCUUAGGCUGCCUCUAAUAACAUUAGCGAGUUCUCUGCCCUAGUCAAGUCUCCCACUAAGCUGUAAUAAUUUAUUUUAUAUUCAUUACAUGUUUCCUUAGAAGAUUCUUUCAGGACACAAAGGUAGGGGGAAAGUGCAUCAUCCAAAUCUUUAUUCCAGGCUUAGGUCAUACAUAAGUAGGCAAAAGAAAUGCUGAUAAAAUAGAUAGAAAGGUCAAAUGCAAACACAGAAAACACAAGGAUCUUAAAAUUGAGGUGAAUAGCUCAAUCUAUUCCAAUGAUGACCUGGCAUUAAUCACUCUAGUGAAAGUGAUUAAGUUAUUGGAUGUAGAAACAGCAAAAAAUUGGCAAAUGGGUUGGUGUUCAAAUAGCACCCUUCUUCUCAGUUGAACAUUCAAAACAUUUCCUAGUACUACGUCUCAUUCACCCAAUCACACACACAUUCAUACAGUGUAUGGUGCAUUCAUAUUAUGUAUGCAUAGGUACUUUGUGACAUUCCGGUAGAUGCAUCAGAAGCAACUUGUAGGUCUAGUAUCUUCCCUAAGGAUUCUUUGGCAUGGAGGAGUCAAGAAUCGAUCCAACAACCUUUUGAGUAGUAGAUGACUCACUCCAUAUCCUCACAGAUGCCCAAAAUGGAAGCAAAACUAACCCGGGUGUAAAAAUAAAUUAUAAAACAGUAACCCCACUCCACCCCCAUAUUUCAUAUUCAUAUUUGGGGCAUAUUUGGGCAACACGGUUGUUAGCAUUGUUGUCGCACAGCAAGAAGGUCCUGAGUUCAAUUCCUCCAUCAGGCUGGAGUCU